CCCAGAGGGACGGUGGGGAAAAUGUCUGCGGUGCCAUGUCCUCCUUACAUUUAUGACUUCAAUCAUAAAGGAGUCGCUUUACGACAUUGUACUCCCAAUGGAACAUGGGAUUUUAUGCACAGCUCAAAUAAAACAUGGGCUAAUUAUUCAGACUGCUUUCUGCAGCCAGAUAUCAAUGUAGGCAAGCAAGAAUUCUUCGAGAGCCUCUAUAUCUUAUACACCAUUGGCUACUCCAUUUCCUUUGGCUCCCUGGCUGUGGCUAUUCUCACCAUUGGUUAUUUCAGACGGUUGCAUUGUACUAGGAACUACAUCCAUCUGCACUUGUUUGUGUCUUUCAUGCUGAGAGCUGUAAGCAUCUUUGUCAAGGACAGAGUGGCUCAGGCUCACUUGGGAGCGGAGGAGCUGCAGUCCUUGGUGAUGCAGGGUGACCUACAGAAUCCCAUGGGAGCCCCUGCUGUGGACAAGUCACAGUAUAUUGGGUGCAAGAUUGCUGUGGUGAUGUUUAUUUACUUCUUGGCUACGAACUAUUAUUGGAUCCUGGUGGAAGGUCUCUACCUGCAUAACUUAAUCUUUGUAUCUUUCUUUUCUGACACCAAAUACUUGUGGGGCUUCAUCCUGAUCGGCUGGGGGUUUCCAGCAGCAUUUGUGGUGGCCUGGGCUGUGGCACGAGCAACUCUGGCUGAUGCGAGGUGCUGGGAACUUAGCGCUGGAGACAGGUGGAUUUAUCAAGCCCCAAUCUUAGCAGCUAUUGGGAUGAAUUUUAUUCUCUUUCUGAAUACAGUUAGAGUUCUAGCUACCAAAAUUUGGGAGACCAAUGCAGUUGGACAUGACAUGAGAAAGCAAUACAGGAAGCUUGCGAAAUCAACACUGGUCCUGGUCCUGGUGUUUGGAGUGCAUUACAUCGUAUUCAUCUGCCAGCCCCACUCCUUCACUGGGCUCUGGUGGGAGAUCCGCAUGCACUGUGAGCUCUUCUUCAACUCCUUUCAGGGUUUUUUUGUGUCUAUCAUCUACUGCUACUGCAAUGGAGAGGUUCAAGGUGAGGUGAAGAAGAUGUGGAGUAGGUGGAACCUAUCCAUCAACUGGAAAAGGACGCCAUCCUGCGGCGGCCAGAGGUAUGGCUCAGUACUCACUACCGUGACUCACAGCAGCAUUAGCCAGUCUCACAUGGGAGCUAGCACUCGCAUGGUGCUCAUCUCUGGCAAGCAGGCCAAGACUGCCAGCAGACUGCCUGAGAGCCAUAUGACUUUACCUGGCUAUGUCUGGAGUGGUUCGGAUCAGGACUGCUCACCACUCUCCAUCCAGGAGAUGAAGGAGGGUGAGGGGAGGCAGGGAGGUGAUAUUCCAGUGGAAGCGUCUUCCAGGCCUUUGGAAUUUAUCCUGGACUCUGAAAGUUGCAAACGAGAAGCAGAGGAUGCCAUCUGAGUCAACACUUCUGACAUCAAUUGUCUGGUGAUUCUGCUUGUACAGGGAAGGGUUGGCUGGCAUUCCUCACCUUGAGCCUGAAAAAAAAUCGAGUGAAAAGGUUAUUCAACUGUUUCCAGUUUCCAUGAAUUGUC